AUGUCAUCCAUUGAUAACUUCAAGCAGCUAAGUAGUUCCUUUGUCUGUCAUUUUGUCGGCGGGCAAUGUCCAAAAAGGACUGCUGACCAUUUGCUCACCAUCAAACAAGGAGAGAAGGAACCAUUGAGGUCUUAUGUAACACGCUUCACCCAGGAAAUGCUGGAAGUAGACGAGGUGGAUGAUAAGGUACAGUUCACGACCUUUAAGGCAGGGUUGAAGUCCAAAGAUUUCAUGGCUUCCUUGGCCAAAAAUCCCCCCAAAACGAUGGCCGAGGCAUUAUUGAAAGCACAGAAGUAUAUGAAUGCUGAAGAAGCUCUGGUAGCCAUUGAUGGAGCAAAAAAAAACAAGGAAAAGAAGAAGAAGAAGGAGGAUGAUCGGAGAGGACAAAAAAAAGAUCAAAUUCUGACGGAAAUAAGAGAUGAACCUUCUCUUAAAUGGCCGAGGCCACUCCAUUCAUCGCUUAGUCUAUGCGACAAGAGGAAAUACUGUUGUUUUCACAAAGAUCAUGGGCACUACACAGAGGAUUGUAGAGAUCUGAAGGAGCAGAUUGAAGAACUUAUACAGAAAGGAAAACUACAACAAUAUGUGAAAAGGGGAGAUUCCAGCAAAUACAGCCAGAAAGGUCAGCACGGGGGCCCUAAGAGGGAUGAAGACCGCCUAUCACCUCGUCCACAGAAUGCAUUAGGAGAAAUAAAAACUAUCGCAGGGGGACCAACCACAGGGGGAUCAUUCAGAUCCCUCAGGAAGUCACACCAAAGGCAAGUAAAUAAUGUUCACAGUCUACCUCCUCUGAAGCAAAGACAGACAAACCAAGACAUGUAUUUUUCAGAAGAAGAUGCAAGGGGUAUAAAGCAACCUUAUGAUGACCCACUGGUCAUUAUGAUCAUAAUUGAGGGGUUCAAUACGAGGAGAGUUCUGGUAGACAAUGGGAGCUUGGUUGACAUUAUUUACCUUUCUGCCUUCCAGCAGCUAAAGCUAGACCCAAAAAGGCUUCGUCCUUUCAAGUCUCCCCUCGUCAGUUUCAAUGGAGACAAGACUGAUGGCCAGGAGCUCCACCAAGAUGAUUCUGUCAUGGUGUUUUCUUCAAGUGGGGGAUCUUCGUACGGGGAUCUUCGUACGGGGAUCCUGGAAGAGGAUGACUUCCUCUAG